AAAAAAAAAACCCUGGAAAUUUGAAAGAGCUUUAUGUAACUAAAAGCCACACAGUUUGCCAUCACAAUACCUGCAUGAGCUGACUGCAAAAUCACGUGGCACUGUUUGUAAGAUAUGUAUUGAGGCUCAGCAGGGCCCCUGUCCCUCCAUGAUAAUGAAGCAGCCCUACUGCAACCUGAAGAAGCAGAGCACAAUGAUGAAGUACGUCCUAGUAACUGGAGGGGUCAUCUCCGGUAUUGGCAAGGGCAUCAUCGCGAGCAGCGUGGGAACGCUCCUGAAAUCAUGCGGCUUAAAUGUGACCGCCAUCAAGAUCGACCCUUACAUCAACAUCGAUGCUGGCACAUUUUCUCCCUAUGAGCAUGGUGAAGUGUUUGUGCUGGACGACGGGGGUGAGGUAGAUUUGGAUCUGGGGAACUACGAGCGCUUCCUGGACAUCCGGCUGACCAAAGACAACAACCUGACCACCGGCAAGAUCUAUCAGUCUGUCAUCAACAAGGAGAGGAGGGGAGACUACCUGGGAAAGACCGUGCAGGUGGUGCCACACAUCACAGAUGCCAUCCAGGAAUGGGUGGUGAAACAGGCCAGAGUGCCCGUCGACGACGACGACGUGGAACCUCAAGUUUGCGUCAUAGAGUUGGGAGGCACUGUGGGAGACAUCGAGAGCAUGCCGUUCAUCGAGGCCUUCAGGCAGUUCCAGUUUAAAGUGAAGAGAGAGAACUUCUGUAACAUCCACGUCAGCUUGAUACCACAGCCCAGCGCAACAGGAGAGCAGAAGACCAAACCAACACAGAACAGCGUCAGAGAGCUCAGAGGACUGGGUCUGUCCCCUGAUCUGAUCAUGUGCCGCUGUUCCACCGCUCUGGAGAACUCAGUCAAAGAAAAGAUCUCCAUGUUCUGCCACGUAGAACCCAAACAGGUAAUCUGCGUCCACGAUGUGUCGUCCAUCUACAGAGUGCCGCUACUGCUGGAGGACCAGGGUGUGGUGGGCUACCUCAGCAAGAGACUCAACAUGCCCAUAGAGACCAGACCCAGGAGGAUGCUGACUAAGUGGAAGGAGAUGUCUGAUAGGUCAGACAGACUGUUAGAACACUGCUCUAUAGCUCUGGUUGGGAAGUACACCAAGUUCUCAGACUCCUAUGCUUCUGUCAUCAAGGCACUGGAGCAUUCAGCCCUGGCCAUUAGUCACAAAUUGGAGGUUAAGUAUAUAGACUCGGCGGAUUUGGAGCCAAGCACUCUGCAGGACGAGCCGGUGAAAUACCACGAGGCCUGGCAGAAGCUCUGCAGCGCUGAUGGCAUCCUGGUCCCUGGAGGUUUCGGCGUCCGAGGAACUGAAGGAAAGAUUCACGCCAUCAACUGGGCGAGAAAACAGAAAAAACCUUUUCUAGGUGUGUGUCUUGGAAUGCAGUUAGCUGUGUGUGAAUUUGCCAGAAACGCAAUCGGCUGGAAAGAUGCCAACUCUACUGAAUUCGACCCAGAAUCAAAGCAUCCAGUGGUGAUCGAUAUGCCAGAGCACAACCCAGGGCAGAUGGGUGGCACCAUGAGGCUCGGGAAGAGACGGACCAUCUUCAAGACGGAGAACAGCGUACUGCGCAAGCUUUAUGGAGAUGCAGAGUAUGUGGAUGAAAGACACAGACAUCGCUUUGAGGUCAAUCCUGAACUGAAGGGUAACUUUGAAGAGAAGGGCUUCCGCUUUGUAGGUCAAGAUGUUGAAGGGGAAAGAAUGGAGGUCAUAGAGCUGGACGAUCAUCCAUAUUUUGUUGGAGUGCAGUACCACCCCGAGUUCACCUCUCGCCCCAUUAAGCCAUCACCCCCCUAUCUUGGUUUGUUGCUGGCUUCCGCUGGGAAGCUCCCGAGUUACUUACAGAAAGGCUGCCGUCUGUCUCCACGGGACACAUACAGUGAUCGCAGCGGCAGCAGCACUCCAGACUCCGAGAUAGAGUUAAAAUUACCUUCCAUCUCAAAUGAAUGACGGGGAGGUAUAGAAGGACAACGUUUUAUACAAUUUCACUGCAUGUCUCACUUUCAAUAAGUGUACUUUUCAAAAUAGGUCAGUACUAUCCUCCCCCCCCCCCCCCCCAUUACCAGUGUUGACUAAAGGACUGUUCAAGGCAGAUUUUUCUAAAAUAAAGA